AUGAUAAAACCUGAAACACAACGGUUUGCCCAGAACAACAAAAUAACUUUCCAUUUCAUACCACCUCGAGCUCCACACCAAGGAGGCUUGUGGGAGCGGGCAAUAAAAAGUGCCAAAUACCACUUGAAGAGAGUCAUAGGUACACAAAUCCUUACCUAUGAAGAGUUUCUAACACUGAUUGCUCGUGUUGAGUCAAUGUUAAAUUCAAGGCCUAUUACACCACUCUCUGCAGACCCAUCUGACCUUGAAGCAUUAACUCCAGGACACUUCCUGACAGGAGGACCUCUGACGUCUCUAAUAGAACCUCAUCUCACGGAUAUCUCUGUAAAUCGCCUGAAACGGUGGAAACUUGUGCACGCAUUUGCUCAACACAUAUGGAAUAGAUGGCAUAGAGAGUAUCUGCAGACCCUCCAAGAACGAUCUAAGUGGACUACUCCAGAAGAAAACCUCAAGAUUGGAGACUUAGUAAUCAUUCAUGAAGACAAUACUCCACCUCUUGCUUGGAUGCUUGGUCGAAUCAUCUCAGCCUCUCCUGGUCAAGAUGGCACUGAACCCCCACAAUGA